GUAGGAAUUAUUUUUUAGUAACGCAGGAACUUCGGUGGGCAAAUUGUGGGAAUAAUUUGAUUAGAGGUGUCUAAACUUCUUCCACCGUAAAUUAAUUACAUUCGCAUAAAAUUCCCUGCAUGUUUUUCUAGAGCAGAAGAAGCCACAAUGCUAAUUAAAGUCAAGACACUCACUGGCAAAGAAAUCGAGAUUGACAUCGAGCCCACAGACAAGGUGGAGAGAAUAAAAGAGAGAGUGGAGGAGAAAGAGGGAAUCCCACCCCAGCAACAGAGACUCAUCUACAGUGGAAAACAGAUGAAUGAUGAGAAAACAGCAGCUGAUUACAAGAUCCAGGGUGGCUCUGUGCUGCAUCUGGUUCUUGCGCUAAGAGGUGGACAGGUCCACCAGCAUCCCAGCAGUCUCCUUUCAUCUAUGUAACCGUCACUCCUGCCUUUGCCACCUUAGAUAGCCCAUAUAUUCACACAUGUUGCCAGAAACCAUUUGUAUCAUCUGGACUGACAAGUGGCAGCCAUUGCAUUCUAUUUCUUGGAAUAUUCAUCAGCUUUUUCCUGUUAAUGCCACUCCUCCUUAAUUUGUUAAGAGCAUGAUUGUGCUCUUUUUGUUAAGUUUACAAGAUGUGUUAAAAAUCAAAGUGGAACUGAUGUAUCAGUUUGUCAAUAAAAAUUGAUGCAACCAUUGAA